AAUGAACCGGAAAUGUCGUAUUACAGGAAGUGCACGUAUGUGUCGACGGUAAUUUUUCACCCCCAUUCUUGAAAUAUCUGACCCAAAAUAUCGGUCCAACUUUUUGAAUGAACGACAAACGGUUGUUUAACUUACUGAAAUGCCACUCCAGUUUACCUACAGCCACAAAGACUUUGUCGUCAAUGUACGGUGGAAAACAGAAUGGACUGACCGGCAGGAGAAAGGACUCUUCCGCUACACUUUGGGUGAUUUGCAGACUCGCAUCCUCCCGGGACCACAUUAUUUUGUUGCUCAGUUAAACGAAAAGAGAGGUAUUGAGAGGAGGAAACCUCAGGCGGUCUGCAGCAUCCGGCAACAGUUCGAUGGCAAACUGUUUAAUUUCAACAAGAUCAAACCAGAUGAAGUCAUAUUGGAGAUGUUGAAGAGUGAUGAAGGAGGCUCGGAGGACAACAGGGAAACUGCGCCUUGCAAGAUGGUUGUCCUGGUCAAUGUCAGCCCCCUGGAGUUUGGACAUAGUCUGUUUGUUCCCGAUCCAUCACUGUGUCUUCCCCAGGUUCUGACUCGGUUCGCCAUCCAAAGUGGAAUUGAAUCAGUACUGAUGAGCUCCGACCCGGGCUUCCGCAUGGGCUUCAAUAGUCUCGGAGCGUUUGCGUCUGUCAAUCACUUACACCUUCAUGGAUAUUAUCUGGACCAUGAGCUUUACGUCGAGACCGUGCCUGUUACGCCACUCCUUCCUCACAUUGGCUUUUACAGUCUGUCAGAAUUUCCCGCUGGCUUCAUGUUCUACACGGAGUCUGGAGGUUUGGAUGAGGUCGCCAAAGCCGUCUGUCAAGUCACUGACUUCCUUGUGGAUGCGGAUGUGUGUCACAAUCUUUUUCUGACCCGGGGUUGUCCUCCUUAUAGUCCUGAGCAAGGUCACGUGGAUCGCAGCUUGAGAAGUGGCGUGCGCAUCAUUGUGUGGCCCAAGAAAGCUUGCUUCGGUGCGAAAGAGGAAAGUGCUUUCAACGUUGCUCUUUGUGAGUUGGCAGGACAUUUGCCCUUUAAAAACAUGGAGGAAUAUCAGCGCGCUACUGAGGACGGUGUUCUGGAUAUAAUUCAGAAGUUUCUCCCUCCCAAAGAAGAGUUUCUAAAGUUGGAACAGCAACUUAUCCAGCAUUUAAGAGACAAAUAAUGAGACAAGACGUUCGUUGUUGGACUGUUUCAUGU